AUGGCCGCGGGGUGGCGGGCGCGAGAUGAUGACGUCACCGGGGCGGCUCGCCUGGCCCAAUGGCGGGGCCCGGCGCUCCCGCGCCUUUGGGGCAGCCAAGAUGGCGGCAGCCUGGAGCGGCCCCGGGCCGAGGCCGCGCUGUUCGCGGCGGCUGCCGGGGCUGCUAGCACCGGCCGGCCGUGCCCGGAGCCGAGCUUCGCCGGGGACCCGGGCUGCGCCUGCCCCUGGUCCGCCCCCACUGCGGUUUCCAAGGAGACUUGGGCCGCCAUCUGCACCGCGGAGCCGCUGCCGAGCCGGGGCCGGCGGGAGGAGCGGCCGCCGGGGCAGUUCUGCAGCCCGCAGCCCGGUGCCCAGGACGCGGCGUGGCGAGGAGACCAGCUGUCCUCCCAGCUUUACCGAAACAAGCAGCUUCAAGAUACUUUGCUUCAGAAGGAAGAGGAACUUGCUAGGUUACAUGAAGAAAAUAAUAACCUCCGUCAAUACCUGAAUUCUGCCCUGAUUAAGUGUUUAGAAGAAAAAGCCAAGAAACUGCUAUCCUGCCAUGGCCAAAAAGACUGUGCUAUUCUCAAAAGUACCAAGAGGAGAUUAAAAGAAGACUACUGCUUUGUUCCUCAAGAAACUCCUCAUGCUUCCAAAGCUAGAAGGAACCUCUUUAAUGAAUUCACUGCCUGUGAAGAGCAAGCCAGCCCUGCUGUGGACAGCUGGGUCUUGCAGACUUUAGGAUUAAAAGAUGUCAACACCAUUGAUGAAACUUCAGCUAACUACAGUGCCCUGUCUUCAGACUUUGGAAAAGACACCUACUGCCUGAGCCCUGGUGAAGCAACAGACUAUGACAACAGUGAAGGAGUGGCAGCAGCAUAUAGCUGCAGCCACAUGCCCUCAGCUAACAGCAGUACCCAUCCAUGCAGUGAAAACUCUCCCUUCCUUCCUCAGUUUUCUUCAGCACCAUGUGUCUCACCAGUGCCAAGCACUUCCUCCCUCCCAACCUACGGGUUGCCUUAUUUGACUGGCGAUUUGUCACCCAACAAAACAGAAGUGGCCUUCACAACCUCUGUAAGUCCUCACCGCAAUGUGAGGACACACACCUUCCACCAAGGACAAGCCUUUGUGUGCAGGGAUGAUGACGGAGGGUGGAGAUUCACCUGGGUGCCCAAGCAGGCCGAGUAA